AUUGGCUCGGGGCUUGGAGACGAAGGCGCUUCCGCUGCAGGGCCGCCGCAGCCCAGGACUUGAGCAAAAAGCCAUAUUUUGAGUAAUGUCACGCCAAAUCACCGUUCUGGUUGUUGGAGCAGGAAACAGAGGGAAGAAUUAUUCCUCCUAUGCACUGAGUUAUCCUACUCGCAUGAAGGUGGUGGGCGUGGCAGAUCCUUGCACAUUUGCCAGAAGAGAACUCCAAGAGGCUCACCGGAUUGACAAGAACAACGUCUUUGAUGACUGGAGCGCUGCGGCCGAGAGGGAGCGUUUUGCAGAUGCUGUGAUCAUAGCCACCCCCGACAUCCUCCAUAAGGCACCGGCAGUGGCUUUUGCCCGCAAAGGAUAUCACAUCUUGCUGGAGAAGCCCAUGGCGGUCACACUGGAGGACUGUAAAGAAAUCGUUCUAACUUGCAAAUCCAGUAAUGUGAAGCUCUUGGUAUGCCACGUCCUGCGUUACCACCCGGUUGUUUUGAAGGUCAAGGAACUGCUGGACGCUGGAUGUAUUGGGGACAUCUGCCACAUUCAACACCUGGAACCUGUUGGAUUCUGGCAUUUUGCACACUCGUUCGUGCGGGGCAACUGGCGGAACGAAGCCCAGAGUUCUUUUUCUCUGCUGACGAAGUCCUGCCAUGACAUCGACCUCAUCAAUUUUUGGAUGGGCAGCAAAAGAUGUGUGAAAGUGUCUUCUUUUGGCAGUCUGUCCCAUUUCACGAGCAAGAACAAGCCCAAAGGAGCUGCCAGUCGCUGCUUAGACUGUCCAGUGGAACAAUCCUGCCCGUAUUCUGCUAAGAAGAUCUACCUGGAGAGGGCCGAGAAGGGUUACUUUUGGUGGCCCGUGUCAGUGGUGUGUAAGGGCGGUGAGUACGACAUAGAAUCACUGACCGAAGAGUUGCGCAGUGGCCCGUACGGAAGGUGCGUUUACGAAUGCGACAACGAUGUUGUUAGUAAUCAGGUUGUCAAUAUGGAAUUUGAAGGAGGAGCAACGGCGGCCUUUACAAUGGUUGCCUUCACCAAGCAGCUGGGCGUGAGAAAAACCACCAUCUAUGGAACGAAGGGAGAGCUCCACUGUGAAGGUGCAGGACCUGUGGAGGUCUUUGAUUUCCUCCAAAAGAAGAAACAAUUCUUUUCUCCUGAGAAGGCACCUGGUAUCCCAGAAUGCUUAAGUGGCCACGAAGGGGCAGAUUACUACCUGAUGGAGAGCUUUGUUUCAGCGAUUGCUGAGAAUAAUCCAACCCUGAUUCGGACCGGUGCGGACGAGACCUUAAACUCUCACCUCCUAGUGUUUGAGGCAGAGAGAUCACGGAGAGAAGAGAAGGUUGUGUUUCUGGAAAAAUGACAGCACCUCAGCCCACACUCCACCACUGCUUUAUCAUCGAAGGAACAGAGCGCUAAAUCGCACUUGAUCUGCAGCCUGGCUUUAAAGUUCACGUUCUCUUCCAGCAAGAAUCUUGGGUACAUCCUAUUGAAAUAGUGAGAAGAGUUUGCAUUUCAGUGAUUUAAGGACAUAUGCAUAAUUUUUUAUGGUGCCAAGUGCCACUGGAUGUUUGUGUGAAUGAAAAUAAUGGCAUAGUGACAUGCUUUUGGUACGCAAGACAGAGCUCCGUGGUUUUGAAUUGCUUUUGCAGAACAGUUUCCUGAGUUUACGGUCUUAAAAUGCAGAGUUCACUGUCUUGCUCAGCCUUAUAUGUAGAAGCUUGACGACAGCAUCUGUGUAGUUGUGGGUAGGGAAAAGAA